GGAUACGAGUACCGGCCAUCGCCGAUGACGAGGCCUGCCAUUAAGGAAGCUGCAGUCCGGCUAUUGUGUAGCCAGUUCAAAGUAUCAUAUCGAAAUAGUUCUGAGGCUGGAGACUGUGCGACAUAGGCUGAAAGGUAUGACCAUGGGAACAUCGUUCUAUCAUGGCAUCCAUUAAGCUUCUGGCGCCGUCGACCCCAGAAGCGCAGCGUCAGACAAUCGCACCCACUGCCCUCUAUGGGGCCUCGGGGCCCGUCGGACUGCGUAUCGCUACUGGCGGUGCAGGACAAUCAGGGCUCCUGCAAAAGCUGGCUGAAGAAUUCAUGACAGCUCAUACGUGGCGUCUUUCAUGUCCAUCGUUUCGAAUAGCGUGGAUAGCCACAGACACAUCAUUGAGCUUCAACGCCCUUGCGACAGGAGCGGCGGAUCUGAGUAUCACGUACCACCCCUAUGCUGAGGCAAUCGCAGUUCGACAAGGCAUUGCCACGAAAUCCGUGUACGCAUGGAAAGAUCAUUUCAUGCUUGUUGGACCGAGAUCGAAUCCUGCGAAUCUACCUACAGACCAAACGUCGACCAUCUACGAACUGUUUGCUUUGCUAUUCCAGGGCGCUGUAGAGACGUCCACUUCUCCGGAUCCGGUCAGGUUUCUUUCCAGAUACGACAAGUCGGCCAACAAUAUCCGCGAGUCACAUAUCUGGACUGUGAUCGGACAGACACCGUGGUCUCAUCCAUACUCGUCCUGGUAUCACCGAUACAUCGACUUUCCCUUUGGAGCGUUAAGGGCUGCAAGUCGACUUGGAGAGUACACACUGGUUGAUCGCGGGACCUGGUAUGCGAUCGAAGACGACGUCAGGAAGAACAUGAUUGUUUUUAAAGAGUCCUUGGACGAUGACUCUCUCCGUAAUCCAGCACAUGCCCUGGUUGGAUCACUAGCACGAGAUCAGGACCUGGCAGAAGCGUUUGUUGAAUGGCUAAGUCAGGACGACGGUGGUCAAAAGGUCGUCAAGGAAUUUGCGGUCAAUGGUACGAUCCUAUACGCGCCAGUGUCGAGAGACAGUAUGCGCUUCAUGACGAUGAACGUUCAGUGAAAGUGGUAGACCACCAAAGACCUUGGUCCGCACAUGGCCAAGCAAAAGUACACAUCCCAGGACAUGGAUGCAACCUUGUACCUUGGAU